AUGGCGGAUGGACAAGAGGAUUCAACCACUGCCCAUACCCACGGAGCCUCCCAAGUUCUUCGACCCGUCAAAGCAUUCCUCCGGGAAGUCGGCCUGGUGACUCUCUACAAUGCUCCAGCAGAUACCAAGAUUCUCAUCCUCCAGCGCUUUGUUCGCCUCUUUGCGUAUGGUGGCUCAACAUUGAUCCUCGCUUCUUACCUCUCGGACUUGGGCAUCUCGAACGCGAGGAUCGGCCUUUUCAUGACCUUGACCCUGAUUGGCGACGUGUUCAUCAGUUUUCUCUUGACUCUGAUGGCCGACAGUCUGGGUCGGCGGUGGAUUCUGGUUCUCGGUGCAGCGUUGAUGAGUGUCAGUGGUAUCGUUUUUGGGCUCAGCGGCCAUUACUGGGUAUUACUUGCGGGCGCCAUAAUCGGCGUCAUUAGUCCGAGUGGCAAUGAAAUUGGACCCUUUCGAGCGAUUGAGGAGUCGACCAUCGCACACUUGACAGCGAGUCCUGACCGAAGCGACAUAUACGCCUGGUAUUCCUUGAUUGGAACUGCGGGAACCGCCCUUGGAUUUAUCGGCUGCGGCGGGAUUAUUACCUUUCUGAGAGAGGAGAAACAGCUGGACUCCAUCAGAGCUUAUCGCGUCAUUUUCUUCAUCUACGCAGUCGUCGGGAUCAUCAAGUUAUGCCUUGCUCUCAUAUUGAGCCGGGAGUGCGAGGUGGACGCUCUGCCCAAGUCGGCCAAUGCGACUGAAACGGCGCCACUACUGGGGAAUAGGUCCACUAAGGAUGAUAGGAAGAAACGAUGGAGGCUGCUCCCCCAUAUCAGCAACGAAAGUCGGAUCGUUUUGGUCCAAUUGUGCGUUUUAUUCGCUUUGGAUAAUUUUGCAUCCGGGUUGGCUCCCUUAUCUUGGGUCACCUACUUUUUCAAGCGAAAAUUCGAUCUCCCAGAACGCAACCUUGGGUCAAUCUUUUCCAUCACUGGCAUUAUAUCGGCGCUUUCUAUGCUUGUGGCGUCCUCCAUCUCCAAGAGGAUGGGAAAUGUCAAGACGAUGGUCUUCACUCACCUUCCUUCGGCAAUCUGUCUUGCUCUGAUCCCCAUCCCAGCGACCUUAGCCGGAGCCCUGGUCUUCCUGAUUGGUCGGGCUUGUACACAAGUUAUGGACGUUGCGCCCCGCUCAGCAUUUCUUGCAGCGAUCGUCCUUCCACACGAACGAACUGCUGUCAUGGGAACGAUCAACGUUGUCAAAACGUGCGCCCAGAGUUUAGGCCCUGUCAUCACCGGUGUUCUAGGAACGAAUAACCAUUUCUGGGUCGCUUUUAUUGCCGCCGGCUCGCUCAAGGCUACAUAUGAUUUGGGGCUGCUUGCACUGUUUGCGGGGAGGAAGAGCCGGGGAGAGAGGAUGUCAGAGAGGGUAGAUGAAGAGCAAGAAGCUGCUGUGACUACCGGCGCACGUGCGUAG